AUGCCAUACAGGACAACUCAGAACCCCUCGCCACUCAUACCGUUGGUCCCUCAAUUGGAUGGAAACUUGGUAACGUUUACAUCUUGGAGGUCCCGCCUCAAAGACGUUCUUGUGAUCCAGGGGGUGCUGGAUAUUGUCCAAGGGAAGAUCCCUCGUCCGCCAGCAGAAUCACCUGAUUCUAAACCAAUUGUUCACACCAAGCGCGGCUGGAAUCCGGAGGACUUUUGCUUGGACUGGGACCACCUCUUGGAUAUGGCUCACUCGACUAUAAAGCUUACCCUAUUGGUUGGCCUAUCUAUCCGAUAUCGCGACUUGAAACCAGCAAGUAAAUUAUACAAUGUGAUUUGUGAAGCUUACGAAAAGAACACUUGGGCCCGUUGA